AAGUGAAAUCUUUUUAUCCAAUCCAAAUGAACUAGCUAGUUGAGCCUUGACAUAUUAACUUUAUGAUGAUGUGAAUACGAAUCAAGUAAUUAUUGUUCCUUAAAACCUUAUGCAGUACCUCAGCCACCUUAGAAAUAUGUGCAAUAAAUAACCAAUCGUGGAUUUUGUGCCAGUGAACUUGAAAACCUUUUCUCCAUCAGUCAGUGGCCAGUGCUGCUUUCAUUCAAUCAUUCUGUGUUUCAACUUACAAUCUUCACAAGAGAUUUGGAAUCUUCAUGUGUUAAAAAUUGUUAAUGAUUUGUUGGUAACAAUAUAACCACUGUUAGUGAAUUAUCUAGCCUAGGCCUACGUCGGUUCCAUGUGCAAGAGGAAUCGACUGCCAUUAAGUCAGAAAAAGACUGUUUUAAAAAUACUGACAACAUCUCAAAGCUAAAAGAUAAAAGAAAAUGGCAGCAACUACAAAAAGACUCUGGAAAGUUCAGGAGUUCCGGGCGCACAGUGCCAAUGUGAACUGUCUAGCCUUGGGUCACAAGUCUGGCCGAGUGCUUGUCACUGGUGGAGAUGACAAGAAGGUCAACUUGUGGGCAAUCGGAAAGAGCAAUUGCAUCAUGAGCCUGAGCGGACACACGUCGGCUGUGGAGACGGUAAAGUUCAACCACACAGAAGAGCUGGUGGCGGCCGGCUCGGGCGGUGGAGUGCUCAAGAUAUGGGACCUGGAGCAGGCGCAGAUAGUGCGUACACUCACUGGCCAUCGGGGGGGACUGCGGGCGAUAGACUUCCAUCCUUAUGGAGAUUUUCUGACCUCUUCAUCUCUGGACACAACUGUCAAGAUGUGGGACACCAGACGUAAGGGUUGUAUCUUCACCUACAAAGGUCACUCUCAGAGUGUCAACAGUGUCAAGUUCAGCCCGGACGGACUCUGGAUAGCAUCCGGAGGAGAGGAGGGGCUGGUCAAGCUAUGGGACAUCAGGGUGGGCCGAGUUCUACACGAGUUCCCCAACCACUCAGGUCCUGUGACGGCCGUUGAAUUUCACCCACACGAGUUCCUGCUCACCUCCGCCUCGUGUGACAAAACUGUCAACUUCUACGACCUGGAGAACUUCUCUGUGGUGUCCACUUGUGAUAAGGACUCAAUGUCAAUCAGAUGUGUCAGUUUCAACGCCACCGGUGACUGUCUGUUUGGAGGAGGGUUGGAUGUACUGAAGGUGAUGGCCUGGGAGCCUGGUCGUACACUGGAGCUAGUCCCCAUCAGCUGGGGCCGCGUUCAGGAUAUCACAACAGGCUACAGCGACAAUAGGCUGGUGGGAGCUUCAUUCAUGCUGAGCAAUGUCUCCCUGUGGAUGGUAGAUUUGUCGAGGGUGGCGCCCCUGGGAGAGACUCCCACUCCUGCCCCUCCAUCCCCCUUCAGUCAUGGACAGAGUGUACGCAAGAGCUUCACCAAGAAACCAUCUCCAGAGAAAAGCCCGAUAAAAGUCAAGACAAUCGAGGAGGUUGACAAACUGGAGACGGAUCCUGAAGAUGAGAACCACGCCGAGAUUCCAGACAUCCGCGACUACAGAUCUGUGUUUCAACCGAGAAGUACUCUAAACCGUAGUCCACCUCCUAGUAUUGCUCCACCUCCUGUGAGUGAUGAAGAUCUGUCCCUGCCUCACAUGUCACCUAGUGCUCCGCCGCCGUCUCUGAUGGAACCAGCUGUGUCCCCGCCUAAGGCUCGCUCUCCCCCUCCCCCGCCACAGUCCCCCCGAAGGAGAGCACCAUCACCUUCUCUCACACCACCCUCCCUCCGACCUCGGGAACCACUUCGCAGACUUAGCUCCUGUAAAGACCCAGAGAUUGGGAGUCCACCUGACAAUGAUUACCCAGUCAGGUUGAACACCGGUCUACAGCACAGCCCGAGUGAUCCGUCCAUCGCCUCUGUCAGAACUCCUGGUCACUCCAGAACCAACUCCAUGAGCUCCACGAGACAUCACUCCCAGCGUAACAUCUCCUCCUCCUCCUCCAACUCCAACAAGACUGACAUCAUCAACAGCCAGAACAGAGUUAACAACAACAACAAUGUGAUAGCCAACACUCCCCGGCCAGUAAAGGUUGAAGAGGACAAAGACUUGGACUUCAUACCCAUGUCUCUGGACAAGCCCAGUGGACUGAACAUGGAAGAGUUCCUACCGCAGCGGCUCCAGCAGACAUUUCCGGAGAUGUCCGAGGCUGAAGUGUUGUCGUCCAUCAUGCGAGGUCACGACUACAUUGUCAGCAUCUUGCGCACCAGGGAGCGACAACUACAGAUAGUCUACUCCAUGUGGCAUAACAAGGAUCUUAAGACGGCUGUUGACCAUGCUCUCACACUAAGAGAUCUCUCAGUUAUCGUGGAUCUGCUAGGAGUCAUUACACUCAGGCCGGGAAUUUGGAAUUUAGACCUUUGUGUCGCACUGCUCCCUGCUAUUGGAGAACUUUUGCAAAGCAAAUUUGAGAUGUACAUGACUGUUGGCGGAGACGCUCUCAAGCUGAUCCUACACACCUUCACACCUGUUAUCAAGUCCAACGUCAUGAACGCGUCUCCCACUUGUGGCGUCGACAUCUCCAGAGAGGAGAGGUACAAGAAAUGCAUGAAAUGCUACAACAGCUUGGUGGCGAUCCGCACGUUUCUGCUCAAGAGACAGACGAUGCAGGGCAAACUCGGCCACACGUUCAGAGAACUGCACAUUCUGCUGCAGAAUCUGGACGCCAACUGACAAGACUGAUCAAAUCAAACCCAACAAAACAAAACAAACAUCGACGGUAUUUUGUACUACACUACUGUAUUUUACUCCACUUUACGUAUUAUUUUUAAGUUUGUCGCAAAAUCAGUGUGCGAAUUGUAUCAGGUAUUAUAUACUUACAGAAUCGUUAUUGUAUACACUAUAUCAAAACUAUUAUUUUGUACCUUUUUACAUAUUUUGAAUUCUAUUUUUAUUUUACAGAAAUAUUCAUUUGUGGGUGUAUCUCAUUCCUUAAAUUAUAUCUUUAGGAUCAUAUUGAUCAUUUCAAUAGUUUUUGUAGUCGUAGAGUCACAUAGUUAAAAGUAAAUUUUUGAAAUGUACAUUAUAUUUAUCACAAUAGAGGAACAGUGUGGCCUAUAAUAUCUUUAACGCUUUAAGGUUGUAAAUUUAUUGAAAUAACAAAAUACCUGAAAGUCAACAGUUGUUUUGUAUAAACAUUCCAGCCAUAUCUGUAAUAAAACCUAUAAAGUAAAUUAAGUAUAUUUUCAUCUUUUUGAAACCCACAGAAAAAACAGGCUGAAUUUAUUAUUAUUAGUCAAGGUUGUCACUAAUGCAAUAAGUUGUGUUUUGUAAAUUGUGUACUUAUAAUUUAUAACUGAAACCCCUUGGUAGUAUUCAGGGAUUUAUUUUCAAAAAAGAAGUAUUUUAGUAGAUUUUUGUUAAGGAAUUAAAUAUUUUUUUACAUUUUAUACUUCAAACAUAAUAUGUGCAAUUUAAACUUGCCUUAGUGUAAGCUUUGCCAAUAUUCUGCUGGCAGAUGUGAGAUAUAACCUAAAUAUUAUGUACUAGUAUUUGUUAUUUUCAACUUCAGUAUUGAUGACAUUAAGUAUUCUAGAAAUUAAAAAUAAUAUUUCUGGGUUUAAGAGAUGUCUAAGAUUGUAUUAAUUUCAA